GACUGCGCUCUGCGCCUUGAGUUCUGAUAAAAAUAUCAGAGCAAAGCAAUUGCAUUAUGUUAGUUCACACAUGAGCAAUCAAGCGAAGUCAGGCUGCGUUUCAUCAAAACUCAUUUCGUAUACGCGCAACAGUUCAUUGGUUCUGUAAUGAAGUUUUGUAAAAAAUACUAACGCCAUAACGUCAUAGUGGGUGCGUCGUUUCUGUUUUAAAGUUUAGAUUUACCACUGACGUAGGCCUAUAGUUUACCUUUUACAGGCGAAUAGGAGUAUUGUACAACAACUUUCUUUUUAGAAUUUUUAGCGAAAUGUGUGGUGCCACGUUAUAAUGUAAAGUCUGAUCUGAUUUUUUAGUUUAAUAUGCACAGCAAACGUUGUUAUGCAUUGUUGGGAAUACAAAUGGUAAGAUAUAGAUAGUUAAACUUUGCGAAAAUGGAGGAAGAUGGCAGAGAUUAUAUGCAAGAACAGCGCCGUCAACAAUGGGAUGAAGCUGAGCGCCGUAUGUCGUCAUCAAUUAAUACAGAGACAUUGAAUCCAAGCGCAGCUUUGUUGGCUGAUGAUCAGGAUGGAUUUUUGGAUUCCAUCCAUGAAAAAGAGGAUCAUGUUAAAAGAGCCGAAUUGGCGGAAUGGAUAGGCGGUAUACUUGGCGAGGACUUGAAUUCAAAUACACUGAUGGACGACCUGAAUAAUGGAGUAAAACUUCUGUAUCUUGCCAAAUCAAUUCAACUUAUUAAAUCUUCUCAUUUGAAAAAUUCCGAAUACAUGGAGAUGGUUAAGAAUUUACAACCAGAUGAGAUCCCUUUCACGGACCGUCAACCACAUAAACGAGCGUCUGUUAUAGCAAAGCAACGUUCAAAUAUCGCAAAAUUUUUGGAGUGGUGUAGACAUUCAGGAGUACCACCAAUCACACUUUUUGAGACGGAAGAUUUAGUUCACGAUAAGAAUCAUCGUCAAGUGACAACUUGUUUACUUUAUGUGGCCAGGAUUGCGUCAAAAUACGGGAUUGAACCACCAUCAAGCGUUAAAGAGGAAAUGGAAAAAGAAGCGAGGUUACAUGCAAAGAAUACAAGUUUGAUGCACAAGUCUCCAUCUUCGGAUAAGAAACAUUUGAUUCGUCAAAAUAAGUCGCCGAUUUACGAACAUGAAGACGAAGAUGUUUUAACAUCACCCAUUUCUAAGCUGCAGGAGUCAUCUUUCAACUCAGCAGGAAAGUAUGACACAACUUCCACACCGUUUUCAACAAGUGAACAAACAAAUUUAAAAUAUAUGAAAGAUCAAAUGGAACCUAUACCACCAAUGGAGUUGGAUUUUAACAGAGAAGAAUCGGAUGUGGUUGUGCUAGAUACCUAUCCGUCACAGGAAAGACAAUCCAUGAUACACUUCGAAACCAAACCACAGAUUGAAGAUGUUGAAAUAAAAGAGAUGCAAGACAUGGUGAUUAUCGAACAGCUUUCAUUUCGUCCGAUAGAUGUGCCCGUAGAUCAUGAUAUGUCGGAAUUUGUUAGGGGUUCAAAGUCAGAGAGUAUGAACCUGCACCCCGACAUGAAUGAAAACACAGAAAGUGCAAUGAGCGAUUCUAGCUUUGAAACUACAAGUUCAAGUGAAAACGAAUAUUACACUGCUCAUGACGUUGCAUCCAAUGAUGACAUCACUGAUCUCAUGUAUCAUACUGCUUUUGUUGAUGACGUAAGCGACAGUGAAGAUGCUAUUGACGAACCAAAAUUAGCUGGAGAAAUCAGCGGAAACGGGGCAAUCGAUAUCAUUGGCGUAACUGUGACGUCAUCCGAUGAUAUGAAUGACGUAAAUGAAAUGGAAGUGACGUCACCGUUUAGUCUUUUUCGGGUGCCAGCGGACAUUGUCGUACAACGUGAAGAAGAUGAAAGUAGUGAAGAAUCAACAACCGACGUUGAAUCUUACACUUCAGAAGAAGAGGACAGACAUGACGUCACUUAUACAGAUGUUGCCGUGGGAACAGAUGACAUCAUUGAAAUGAAGGAAUUUCAAAGCGAAAUAAUGAUAAACUUUCCUCCCUAUUUUGAAAUCACCAACCGAGCGCAAACUAAGAAGAUAAGACCAGAUACCGAAUACAUAGUGGCUCCUGUAAGAAACGAACCCAUAUAUGCCGUCUCUACAAAAUCGAGUUCCACAAACAACUCUGCCGUAAAUACGAAUUCUUCAUAUCGUAACGACGCCUACGAAUCAGAACAAGAGUCCCUAUCCAGACCGUCUCGCGAUUAUCACAGUGCUGCAACGAGACAUUACACACCUUCCCCUAGGACUACACCAUCCCCGUUACCAAGAAGCAUUUCGAAUGCAUCACAGAGAAGCAAAGGAACGCAAACACAUGUCAGCUUGACCCAAGACAUUGUUCGCAUUAUAAACGAAAUGGAAGACAUUCCAAGGCUUAGAACGGCUUCGUCAUCUGCUUCGUCUGGGCCUAUAAAUUCAGCUGGUCAUCUUGGAAAUACAAUCGUAGUCAGGGCACAGUAUCAACAACACGCUUUGCCAACCGCCGAUAGAGACGUGGCUGUUAUCCAAACCAAUGACUACGAGAGUGUUAGGCCGCCACGGGUCGGCAGUGUCACUGGGAGCUCAAGAUACAAAAACAGAGACGUAGAAGCAGCGACUCCUACAAGAGAAGUGCGAAGAAGUCUCAUGCGAAGAGCUAGCAGCGCAAUUAGCGAGCAGUUUGAAAAAGCUGUCGUGGUUGCAAAAAAGUACAAAAAACAAAUCGCAAUAAUUGCAGUACUGCUGAUUUUGACAGCCGGAGCUUUAGCUGCUAUGAUAGUCAUAUUUCCAAUGACAUGAUGUGGUUAUAGAACACCCUUAACACAAAGGUAUAUACAGUAGCUAACAGCACUGUUUGCUACACGACAGAGAUGUCUUCUUAACCUCAACGGAAUCUGCGUUGGCUAGCAGUCACAGAAGAAACGAUCAUAUUCAGUAUCGAUGUCGUCCGUCGCUACAGGAUAUGAACCGAUGACGAAAAUUUCCGGAUCAGCAUUGACCAUGACCCUACAUCAUAACUGCACAUAGUACCUACUAACAGAUUCUUUCGUAUCUAUUUUUCUGCAUAAGCCAUAACAGUAACGAUAAUAAAUAAAAUACAUUUUCUAAUGUUUUAUGAUUGAUCGUCGCUUAAAUUGAAGUUAUAUUAAUCAUUCACUGAUUUUUACUAAUCCGAUCAUAUUUUUUGUGUUUGUUCGUUCUAAAAACAGGUUCCGAAAUAUUCUGUUUACUUUGUAAUAAAAUUGAUUUACACAACAUUUGUGAUUUAGAAGUCAUAACUUGAAACAGAAUAAGCAAUCUUACUAUCUGUGAUUGGAUUUAGGCUUUAGAAUACCAAAACAGAAAUGAGCUUUACAUGCAUCCGUCCGAUAUAAAACGCAAGAGAUC